AUGGACGGGAAUACCAGCGCCGGGGGCACAGAGGGCCAGCACAGGAGCCCCCACCAGAAGGCGGAAAAUAAGCAUGAGGAGAAGGUCCAGGAUCCUGACAGAAGAGAGGACGAGACCAAGGCAGAGAUGGGGAGGAAAACCUGGGCAGACCUGGCUGGGGAGAUGAAGAUGUUCCUGUGGAACCCGGAGGACAGAACAUGCCUGGGGAGAACGGCCAAGAGCUGGGGCUUGAUCUUGCUCUUUUACUUCGUUUUCUACACGUGCCUGGCAGGAAUGUUUGCCUUUUGCAUGUACGUGAUGCUGCUCACGCUGAGCCCCUACACACCCACGUACCGGGACCGUGUGUUUCCCCCAGGAGUGAUGAUCAGACCGUACUUGAAUGGGUUCACCAUUGCCUUCAACGUCUCUCAGCCCAGCACGUGGCAGCCCUACGUGGACAGCAUGCACCACUUCCUCGCAGCUUAUGACGACAAAGUUCAAGAGGAGAGGAAUAUUGAGUGCGUCUCAGGACAGUACUUCAUCCAAGGGGGCAAUGAAAGCGAGGAGAAGAAGGCCUGCCAGUUCAAGCGCUCACUGCUGCAGAACUGCUCCGGCAUUGAGGACCCAACGUUUGGCUACUCCAAAGGCCAGCCCUGCAUCCUGCUGCAGAUGACACGCGGACAGAAAAAGAACAGGAUCAUAGGCUAUCGCCCUGGUGCUGGGGUCCCCGUGAGCGUGGACUGCAAAGUGCAGAAAGGCAACGAGAGCGAUCUCCGAUCGGUGGACUUCUACCCUGGAAAUGGGACGUUUGAUCUCAUGUAUUAUCCCUACUACGGCAAGAUCACUCACGUCAACUAUACGUCCCCGCUGGUGGCCAUGCACUUUACAGAUGUGAAGAAGAAUUAUUUGGUCCCUAUUCAGUGCAGUCUGAACGGGAAAGGUAUUAUCAACAAUGUUAACAGCGACCGCUUCCUGGGCCGAAUCAUCUUCGCACUCAGCAUUGGGAAAUAG